CUGUUUCCAUAAGUAAAAGGGUUUCCUCUGGGUAGGUACUCUAAUGUAUCUACUUAGCACACCGAAACGUUUCUAGACGGUAUUGAAACCUCCGUAGGUGUCAGCCAUGUCUCUAUCAGACCAGAGCCGACAGUGUUAUCCAACCAGUGUACAGGUAACUGUGGUUCAGGCAAGAAGCCUGAGGAUAAAGGGGAAAAAUGGCACCAACGACGCAUACGCCAUCAUGCAGGUGGCCAAGGAUAAAUUCGCUACAUCGGUGGCAGAGAAUAGCGUGGCACCGGUGUGGAAAGAAGAGGCCACGUUCGAGCUGCCGCUCUUCCACAACGGUAACACAGAAAAGUGUACGUUGCACGUCCACGUAAUGCACCGGGCUCUCGUGGGACCUGACAAGUUGCUCGGCCAAGCAGUCAUCAACCUGUUGGAGCUCAGCGAGGUUAAAUCCCGUAAUAAGACUGAAUGGCAUAAACUGCUGGACAAGGCAGGCAAGCCAGACAAAGACCGGGGAGAGGUGCAGGUGGACAUCCAGUUUAUGAAGAAUAACAUGACAGCCAGCAUGUUCGACCUCUCUGCUACAGAAAAGCCGCACUCCCGCCUGGGAAGGUUCAAGGAUAAGGUGCGAGGCAAAAGGGAGGGUCUGUCGGACACUGCGUCUGCCGUGGUACCGUCCUUCACCCAGGUUCUGACGGACAGCGAUGGGGAGGGAGAGGGGGGUAUAGACAAAGGAGAGAAAAAGAAGAAAAACAAGCUGAAGUCUCUCUUUUCUCCCAAGUCUAACCUGCAGCAUCAUGGACUGUCUCAGUCUAUGUCUGUCCUGGGCCCUCUGCCUGAGAAGAACUCCUCAUUGAGUGGCAGCCGCUCCACAGGCCUCAAUGUGGACUCCUCUGAAGGUAAAAAUAAAUUCAAGUUUCAGACCCAUAAGCGCACAGGCAGUUCUCUGUCCCUAGGGCGCUCUAAGAUUCCUGCCCCGCUUGGAGAGCAGAGUAACCUGUGCAUCAACGGCACUCACAUGUACACAGAGGAGCCCCAGCCCCGGAGCGCCCGCACCGUCUCCAACUUUAGCCUGGCCAGCUCAGGCCAUGGCUCCGUGGAAGACCUGCGCAAGGCCCAGGGUCGUAAGAGCUCCGGCACCUCCAUGGACUCCUUUAGGGCCCUGAAGCAGCCUUCAACCUGGGCAGAGGAGGAAGAGAGGGCUAUGUUGGAUGAGGAGAGGAAGAAAAAGGAAGAGCAGGAGAGGAAGAAGUUAGACGAGGAAGAGAGGAUAAGGAAGGAGGAACAAGAGAAAAGCAAGAUUACGGAGGAGGAGGGGGAAGAAAUGAGGCUAGAAGAGGAACAGGAGGAGAGGAGUCUGAAGGUGGAGGGAGAGAACAGCAUUUGGAAGGAAGACCAGGAAAAGGGGAGGUUAGAGGAGAAAAGGAGAGAAAUGGAGGAACAAGAGAGGUGGGAAGAAGAGGAAAGAAUUAGGAGAGAACAUGAAAUAAUGAGGAGGGAGGAUAUACUGAGAAAGGAGGACGAGAGGAAAAUGAGGGAGGUGGAGGAAAGAUUGAAGAGGGAGAAAGAUGAGAGGAUUAAGGAGGAAGAAAGGAUUAGGAGAGAACAGGAGAGUAUGCAAAGAAGAGAGGAAGAAGAGAAGAGGACAGAGUGA